CAGGACUUUGACCCCAAGUUGUCUGCAGCAGGUCGUUGUGACCGCGACCUCGUUCUCAGGGAAACAUCCCUGGACAUACACACACACACACACACACCGGCGCCAUGCAGGAGUCGGAGCCCACGGUGUGCCAGCUGCAGCCCAACAUCAUCUCGGUGCGUCUCUUCAAGCGUAAGGUGGGCGGUCUGGGCUUCCUGGUGAAGCAGAGGGCGUCCAAGCCGCCCGUCAUCGUGUCGGACCUCAUCCGGGGCGGCGCCGCCGAGGAGUGCGGCCUGGUGCAGGUGGGCGACAUCGUCCUGGCCGUCAACAACAAGGCUCUGGUGGACCUGUCCUACGAGCGCGCCCUGGAGACGCUGAAGAACGUGUCGCCCGAGAGCCAUGCCGUGCUCAUCCUGCGCGGGCCCGAGGGCUUCGCCACCCACCUGGAGACCACGCUGUCCGGAGACGGCCACCAGCGCACCGUGAGGGUCACGCGGCCCUCCAAGUCCUACGAGCGCUGCUCCCCCCUCGGCCCAAUCGGCCCCGCCGGGCAGCAGGGCCACAAGGAGCCCCAGCUCCGGGCCAUCGAGAACCUGUCCUCCCCCAUCAGCCAGUCCGCGCUGCAGAAGGGCGGCGGGCAGGCCCACCAGGACCCCCUGCUGGCGAGGGACGGUAGUCGCGGAGGCCUCCUGUGCAACGGGAUAGAGGAGAACAACGAGCUGCUGAAGGAGAUCGAGCCCGUGCUGCGCCUCCUCAAGAACAGCAAGAAAGAGGUCAACGGAGACGGCCAGAGGAGCGCGGCGAGGAGGGACAACGGGGACCUCGCCGUGGGGCACGGCGUGCCUCCCCAGCCGGCGUCUGAUGACAAUAGGAAGCUGGAGAACGUGCCGCUGGUGGAGCUCCACGACGCCGACGCCGACAAGCCGGCCCUGCAGAACGGAAGCCCCUCCAAAUGCCCUCGCUUCAUCAAGAUCAAGAACUGGGAGACCGGCACCGUCUACAGCGACACGCUCCACCUGAGCUCCAGCAAGUUUCCGAUUUGCUCCGACAACGUGUGCCUGGGCUCCAUCAUGAUGCCCAGCCAGCCCGUCCGCAAGCAGGACGAGCCCCGCACCCGAGAGGAGCUGCUCCCCCUGGCCACCGACUUCAUGGACCAGUACUACACCUCCAUCAAGAGGUUUGGGUCGAAGGCCCACGAGGACCGGCUUGAAGAGGUGAACAAGGAGAUCGAAGCUUCCGGAACGUACCAGCUGAAAGACACGGAGCUGAUCUACGGGGCCAAGCAUGCCUGGAGGAACGCCGCCCGCUGCGUGGGGAGGAUCCAGUGGUCCAAGCUGCAGGUGUUCGAUGCCAGAGACUGCGCCACGACUCACGGGAUGUACAACUCCAUCUGCAACCACGUCAAGUACGCCACCAACAAAGGAAACCUGAGGUCAGCCAUCACCAUCUUUCCUCAGAGGACAGAUGGCAAGCAUGACUUCCGAGUGUGGAACAGUCAGCUGAUCCGUUACGCCGGCUACAGGCAGCCUGAAGGCGACGUCCACGGAGACCCGGCUAACGUUGAGUUCACUGAAAUCUGCAUUAAGCUCGGCUGGAAAGCUCCGAAGGGACGCUUCGACGUGCUCCCCCUCCUGCUUCAGGCCAGCGGGAACGACCCCGAGCUGUUCGAGAUUUCCGAAGACCUCAUCCUGGAGGUGCCGUUCACACACCCAAAGUACGAGUGGUUCAAGGACCUGGACCUGAAGUGGUACAGCCUGCCGGCGGUCUCCAAUAUGCUGCUGGAGAUCGGGGGUCUGGAGUUCACCUGCUGCCCCUUCAGCGGCUGGUACAUGGGCACGGAGAUCGGCGUGAGGGACUUCUGUGACAGCUCGCGCUACAACCUUCUGGAGGAGGUUGCUAACCGGAUGGCUUUGGACACCAGGAAGACCUCCUCCCUUUGGAAGGACCAGGCGCUGGUGGAGAUCAACAUUGCGAUUCUCUUCAGCUUCCAGUUGUGCAAAGUGACCAUCGUGGACCACCACUCGGCCACCGAGUCCUUCAUGAAGCACAUGGAGAACGAGUACCGGGUGCGGGGCGGCUGCCCCGGGGACUGGGUGUGGAUCGUGCCCCCCAUGUCGGGAAGCAUCACGCCGGUGUUCCACCAGGAGAUGCUCAACUACCACCUCACCCCGUCCUUUGAGUACCAGUCCGACCCCUGGAAUACAUACGUGUGGAAAGGAGUCAACGGGACGCCCACCAAGAAAAGAGCCAUCGGCUUCAAGAAGCUCGCCAAGGCGGUGAAGUUUUCGGCCAAGCUCAUGGGCCAGGCCAUGGCCCGGAGGGUGAAGGCCAUCGUCCUGUUCGCCACGGAGACGGGAAAAUCACAAGAUUAUGCCCAAACCCUCUGUGAAAUCUUCCAGCACGCUUUUGACGCAAAGGUCAUGUCGAUGGACGAGUACGACGUGGUGGACCUGGAGCACGAGACGCUGGUGCUGAUGGUGACCAGCACCUUUGGCAACGGGGACCCGCCAGAAAAUGGAGAGAAAUUCGGAACUGCCUUAAUGGACAUGCGCCACCCGACGUCCAACAUGGAAGACAGGAAGAGCUACAAGGUCCGGUUCAACAGCGUAUCCUCCUACUCCGACACACGCAAGUCCUCCAGCGACGAGCCAGAGGUCAAGGUCAACUUCGAGAGCACCGGACCCCUCGCCAACGUCAGGUUCUCGGUGUUCGGCCUCGGCUCCAGGGCCUACCCACACUUCUGCGCCUUUGCCCACGCCGUGGACACGCUGUUUGAGGAGCUCGGGGGGGAGCGCAUCCUCCGCAUGGGGGAAGGAGACGAGCUGUGUGGCCAGGAGGAGUCGUUCAGAACCUGGGCCAAGAAGGUUUUUAAGGCCGCCUGCGACGUGUUCUGCGUCGGCGACGACGUGAACAUCGAGAAGGCCAACGACUCCCUGAUCAGCAACGACCGCAGCUGGAAGAAGAGCAAGUUCCGCCUGAUGUACACGGCCGAGGCCCCGGCCCUCACGGAAGCUCUGAACAGUGUUCACAAGAAGAAGGUGUUCUCAGCCAAGAUGCUAGAAUCUAAAAACUUGCAAAGUUCCAAAUCGAAUCGCUCCACCAUAUUUGUUCGGCUCCACACAAACAACCACGAGAAGCUGAGCUACCAGCCCGGCGACCAUCUGGGCAUCUUCUCUGGCAACCACGAGGACCUCGUGACAGUUCUGCUCGACAGACUGGAGGACGCUCCGCCUGUCAAUCAGAUCGUGAAAGUGGAGUUCCUGGAGGAGAGGAACACGGCCCUCGGUGCAAUCAGCAACUGGACCAACGAGACCCGCAUCCCUCCCUGCACCAUCUACCAGGCCUUCCAGUACUUCCUGGACAUCACCACCCCCCCCAGCCCCGUGCUGCUGCAGCAGUUUGCCACUCUGGCAACUAACGACAAGCAGAGGAAGAAGCUGGAGCUCCUCAGCAAGGGCUUGCAGGAGUACGAGGAGUGGAAGUGGUACAACAACCCGACGAUGGUGGAGGUGCUGGAGGAGUUCCCCUCCGUCCAGAUGCCCUCCACCCUGCUGCUCACCCAGCUGCCCCUGCUGCAGCCCCGCUACUACUCCAUCAGCUCCUCUCCGGACCUCCACCCGGGGGAGAUCCACCUCACCGUGGCCGUGGUCUCCUACCAGUCCCGAGGCGGCACGGGGCCGGUCCACCACGGCGUCUGCUCAUCGUGGCUCAACCGGAUCGAGGACGGGGAGAUUGUUCCGUGCUUCGUCCGCGGUGCAGCAUCGUUCCGACUUCCCAAAGACAAGCAAGCCCCUUGUAUCCUGGUGGGACCGGGAACCGGCAUCGCCCCCUUCAGAAGCUUCUGGCAGCAGAGACUCUACGACCUGGAGCACGACGGGGUUGAGCCGAGCCCCAUGGUCCUGGUGUUCGGCUGCCGGCAGUCUGAGGUGGACCACAUCUACAAGGAGGAGACGAUCCAGGCCAAGAACAAGGGCGUGUUCAAGGAGCUGUACACGGCCUACUCCAGAGAACCUGAGAAGCCAAAGAAAUAUGUCCAGGAUGUUCUGCGCGAGCAGCUGGCGGAGGAGGUGUACCGCUGCCUGAAGGAGGAGGGAGGGCACCUGUACGUGUGCGGGGACGUGACGAUGGCCGGAGACGUCCUCAAGACCAUCCAGCACGUCAUCAAGCAGCAGGCCGGCAUGACGCUGGAGGACGCCGGCUUCUUCAUCAGCAAGCUGCGGGAUGAGAACCGGUACCAUGAGGACAUCUUUGGGGUCACCCUGAGGACCUACGAGGUCACCAACCGGCUGCGCUCGGAGUCCAUCGCCUUCAACGAGGAGAGCAAGAAGGAGUCAGACGAGGUGUUCUGCUCUGGUCUGUGAGGGGGCGGUGCUUACAGGAGACGACGACGCGGCGGCGCCGUGAAAGAAAUACUGUGCCAACUUUUGUACUGUAAAAAAAACCUACAAGUGUUUCUUUUCUUCUUUUUUUCUUUUUUAUAUUCCACUUUAUUGUUUCUGCUCCGCAAAUUUAUAUCGUAGCAAGUUGGAAACAUGUUCUGUCCUCUCGUUGAUGAAACUCCCAGAACAUUAUAAAUGGAUCAUCUUGAUUCAUAGUGUGCCCCCCCCCCCCCCCCCCGUGCCUCAUUGUGACGCAUGACCCAGACGAGCAUAUACUCAGUAAAUAUAAUAUACUCUGUGUUUAUUGUUCCAGUGAAACGGCUCAAGGCUUUUUUAUCAGGGAGGACGCCGUGUGAUGAACAUCAGACGUUAUGUUCAAGAGAGGAUGCAGUUGGGCUGCACUCUUAUGUUCUUUUAAUAAUCAAAGGGGAGAUUACUGAUGUUCAUGCAUGUGGAAACUACGACUGGAAAACUGAUUUUCUGCACGCAAAAUGUUCCCUGAAUUAUGAAAACGUUGAUUCUGUCCCAGCCUGAGCUGACCUCUGACCUCUGAGCUGACUUAUGAUCUCUGAGCCGUCAGUUCAUCUCGAUGCUUCAGCCUCUGUGUGUCCACCCCCUCUCCCCACAUCACAUGUUGACAUGUGUCCCCAAACCACAAGCAGCCAAUGAGGAAAGAGUCUGAUGAAUGACAAAUAUAGUAACUUUAAAACUUCUCCAGGCCUCUCAGAUUUUAAUAUUUCUUAGUUUGAUGUGUUAUGGAAAAUGUUAAUGUGUCACAUCAUAUAAUUGUUGUGAGGGGACAUCGUUUAAAUUAUUAUUAUUAUAUUUGAUUCAGGAGGUGACGUUUAUUUUUUCAGAUGGGAUAAAGUUAGGUUUGGGGGGGCGUGACUUCAGCUAAAUAAAACCAGAACAAUGGGCCAAUGCCCCUGCCCCCCCCCCCCCCCUGUGUCUCUAUGCUAAGCUAACAGGGCUUCUGGCUGUAAAGCGUCCGAUUCAGCGUGCCGACGUUAGCGGAUCUAGUCAAACUUUUCCUCUCCUGAACACUAAAUAAUAAAAUAUAAACUCCUUUCACACCAGAUCUACUGACCAGAUAUCAGCUUCAUGUUUACAUUUAUUGACAUAUAUCAGCGUCACAGCUCCUCUUGCCUUACAUCAACUCCUCUGCCCACAGACACACACACACACACACACACACCACCCUCUCACUGUGACCUGACACCAGCUCGUUAGCAUCAGCAUGCAUGUGUGUGUGUGUGUCUGUGUGUGUGUCACAGAGAUCACCGUAAGUGUGCGCCUCUCUCUACACGUGGGUGUAAAACACGCAUGUGCUCAGGUGUGUGUCCGUCCGUCCGUGUGUGUGUGUGUUUUCUCAAACCAGUCAGAUUUUCAAACGUUUCCUCGUGGCUGCAGAGUAUAUGUCGUUUUUAUUUUUAUUUCUUUUCGGGGGGGGGGGCAUUUCUUUCAGAAUCCACUCAUGUUGACCUCAUGUGACCC